AUGGAAUUCUGUGCUUGGACAAGAGUUUCAAAUGGUAAGGAACUGAAAAGCAGACUGUCUUGCCCUUCAGAUCGUCUGGCUUCAUCAAUAGCAGAAUCCCAUAGCACCUGUUUGAGAUUUCCUGAGUGUACUUAUACAAAAGGCAAAGAUGCAAAGAUUUCAUUCCAGCCUGCUGAAUCUGAUACCCUGGGAACAGAGUCUGAAAUUUGCAUUUUAAAUGAAAUUCAGGAUUUCAUACUGAAAUCUAAGAACCCAAACUAUGAGAUCAAGGUUAAGUUCCUGGAACACAGUAAAGACAACCCUCCUGGUGACUCAAAGACACCCAAGCAGGAUUUCCAGGGGCCUGUUGCCAGGAGGAGCUGUACAGAUGUUUUCUGCUGCGUUCUUUUCAUACUGUUCAUUGGUGCCUACAUUAUUUUAGGACUUGUGGCCUGGGUACACGGCGACCCCAGGAGAGUGGCCUAUCCUACAGACAGCAAGGGCCACUUCUGUGGCCAGAAGGGCACCCCCAAUGAGAAUAAGACCAUUUUGUUUUACUUUAACCUGUUCAGUUGUACCAGUCCAUCUGUGGUGUUAAACCUUCAGUGCCCUACCACACAGAUUUGUGUCUCUAAGUGUCCAGAAAAAUUCUUAACAUAUGUGGAGUUGCAAUUUAAAUACAAUACCAACAAUGAAUAUUGGUCAUAUUAUAGCCAGUACUGCAAGUCUAAUGUUAUGCAGCCUGCAAAGAGUCUCACACAAAUCUUACUGGAUGAUGACUGUCCAACUGCUAUUUUUCCAAGUAAACCAUUCGUGCAGAGAUGUUUCCCGGACUUCUCUAGUCAAAAUGGCUCUUUAACAGUAGGAAAUAAAACAAACUUCGAGGAUGGAAAUGGACACACAAGAAAUGCUCUAGAACUGAGGGCUGCUGCAAAUACUGUCAGUAAAAUCCUCGAUGCAAGGACAGUUGGAAUGAAAGUGUUUGAAGACUAUGCAACAACAUGGUAUUGGAUUCUCAUUGGCUUGACUAUUGCCAUGCUCCUGAGCUGGUUAUUUGUGAUACUUCUGAGGUACACAGCUGGAUUAAUCUUUUGGCUCUUCAUGUUGGGUGUGAUUUCUGUUAUAGGCUACGGAGCAUGGCACUGCUAUCGGGAAUACACACAUAUUCGUGACAAGCCAAGUUCUCAGUCAGAUGUAUAUAACAUUGGACUUCAGAGUGAUAUAAGCAUGUACUUUAAACUGAAACAAGCAUGGUUUGGUCUUAUGAUAGUACUCUGUGUCAUUGAAGUACUUAUCAUCGUCACGUUGAUUUUCCUCAGAGAAAAAAUCCGCAUCUCUAUUGCCCUGCUGAAGGAAGGGAGCAAAGCCAUUGGACACAUUCCUACUACAUUAAUUUACCCAUUUUUAACUUUCAUUUUCAUCUCAAUCUGCAUUUGCUACUGGGCUGUGAUAGCGAUUUAUUUGGCUACAUCUGGGACUCCUGUCUACAAAGUCAUCACUGCAGAUGGGAAAUGUAAACAUGAGAACUCUACUUGCGACCCAGAGACUUUUAAUGCAACUGAAGUUACCAAAGUUUGCCCUGGAGCUCAGUGUAAUUUUGCUUUCUAUGGUGGAAAGACCGUGUACUACCAGUACAUCACCACCUUCCAGAUGUUUAAUCUAUUUGUCUUUCUCUGGCUUGUAAAUUUUAUCAUUGCCCUGGGUGAGUGUGCCCUUGCUGGUGCCUUUGCCACUUAUUAUUGGACCUUAAAAAAGCCUGACGACAUCCCACCAUAUCCACUUUUUACUUCAUUUGGACGAGCCAUACGCUAUCACACAGGAUCCCUUGCAUUUGGAUCUUUAAUACUUGCAGCAGUUCAAUUUUUUAAAGUAACCCUGGAAUACCUGGACAACCGUCUUAAAAAUGCCCAGAACAACUGUGCUAAAUUCCUACAGUGCUGUCUGAAAUGCUGUUUCUGGUGUUUAGAAAAACUAGUAAAGUUUUUGAACAGAAAUGCCUAUGUUAUGAUUGCAGUAUAUGGCAAAAACUUCUGCAGGUCAGCAAGAGAUGCCUUCAAUCUGCUAAUGAGAAAUGUUGUGAAAGUUGCAGUCAUAGAUCAACUUACAGACUUUGUGCUAAUCAUGGGAAAAAUUCUUGUUUCUGCAAUUAUAGGUGUUCUAGCAUUCUUACUCUUCACAAAAAAAAUUCCAGUGAUUUUAGAAGGACCAACAACUUUAAAUUACUACUGGGUACCUUUGAUGACAGUAGUUAUUGGAUCAUACCUAGUUGCAGAUGGGUUCUUCAGCGUCUAUGAAAUGUGUAUUGAAACAAUUUUCAUCUGCUUUUUGGAAGAUAUAGAAAGAAAUGAUGGUACUGCCGAUAAACCCUAUUACAUGAGUCACAGUCUUCUGAAGAUUUUUAAUCCAAAAAAUUCACAAUUAAAGAAGCAGUAGAAGUGCAACCUGGUCAUCCUGCCGCGGUGUGCUACCUUUUCCUCUUCUGCGGGUCUGUGAAACACUCCUUUCAUAAGAGCUUUGUAUUUAGAACA